UGAAUCGUGUUUGACGUCAUUUUCACUCUUCACGGAAGCAGUCGGCGCCGAUAUGAUGGCUGCUUCGUCAGUUUAGCAGUAGGAAGAGGAUGUCUGCAUUAGAUGAAGGACUUGUAUCGCCUAGGUAUAACACCUUUCACUAACUGAAUAGGCCGCUGGAGAGUGUUUCUUUUGAGCCAGCAGGGAUUUCGGACGCUCAUUUCCUGUUCAAGGGGCGGCCUGAAGACGGACACCGGAUAAAAAAAUGUCCCUGUUUCAGUCGGCACUGGAUUUCUUAGCCGGGCCCGGCUCGUCCGGAGGGGCCAGCCGGGACCAGAAUGACUUCGUCGGACAAGUCGUUGAGCUCGGUGAUAUGAAGCUGAGGAUAAAACGGGUGAUCGCUGAAGGUGGAUUUGCUUUUGUGUAUGAAGCCCAGGACAUGAGCGGUGGAAAGGACUAUGCUCUGAAGAGGCUGCUGUCCAACGAAGAGGAAAAGAACAAGGAAAUUAUACAGGAAGUCUGCUUCAUGAAAAAGUUAUCAGGUCAUCCAAACAUGGUUCAGUUCUGCUCAGCUGCAUCAAUCAGUAAGGAGGAGUCGGACACCGGGCAGGCAGAGUUUCUGAUCCUCACCGAGUUGUGUAGAGGUCAGCUGGUGGACUUCAUAAAGCGCGUCGAGCAGCGAGCUCCCAUGUCAUGUGACACUGUGCUGAAAAUCUUCUACCAGGCGUGUCGAGCCGUGCAGCACAUGCACAAACAGAAACCUCCGGUCAUCCACAGAGACCUUAAGAUUGAGAACCUCUUGAUUAGUAACCAGGGCACCAUCAAGCUGUGUGACUUUGGCAGCGCCACCACAGUGUCACAUUAUCCCGACUACAGCUGGUCUGCACAGAAGAGGUCCAUGGUGGAGGAUGAGAUUACAAGAAACACCACUCCAGCAUACAGAACACCAGAGAUGAUCGAUCUGUACUCCAACUUUCCCAUCAACGAGAAACAGGACAUCUGGGCUCUUGGGUGCAUCCUCUACCUGUUGUGUUUUAAGCAGCAUCCUUUUGAGGACGGAGCCAAACUGCAGAUAGUCAAUGGAAAAUACUCCAUCCCACAGGACGAUGCCAGAUACACUGUGUUUCAUGACCUUAUACGUUCCAUGUUGAAGGUGAACCCUGAUGAGAGGCUAUCCAUUACAGAGUUGGUCAACCAGCUGCAGGAGAUCGCAGCCGCUCGUAACGUCAACCCCAAGUCUCCAGUUACAGAACUGCUGGAGCAGAACGGAGGAUUCGGAAACAACGGAGCGCAGCCACCCAUGCAAAUCCAGAGUGUCCAAAACAAUGCAGGAGUGUAUGAUCCCGAUCAAGCAGGAAGUGGCUUCCUGGACAUCUUGAGGGGAGGAACGGAGCGCUUCCUGACCAACAUUAAAGACACUUCAUCUAAAGUCAUCCAAUCAGUAGCCAGCAACCCGAGCUAUGCCAAAGGAGACCUGGAUAUUUCUUACAUCACCUCCAGAAUAGCAGUGAUGUCUUUUCCAGCAGAAGGGGUGGAGUCUGCGAUAAAGAACAACAUCGAAGACGUUCGUCUGUUUCUGGAUUCACGUCACGCCGGCCACUACGCUGUGUACAACCUGUCUAGACGAUCCUACAGGCCAUCACGGUUCCACAACAGGGUUUCGGAGUGUAACUGGCAGGUGCGCCGGGCUCCCAACCUCCGCAGUCUCUACAGCGUCUGCAAGAACAUGCAUGUGUGGCUCAAACAGGACCAGAGGAACAUCUGCAUAGUGCACUGUCUGGACGGCCGAGCGGCAUCAGCAGUGGCAGUUUGCUCUUUCCUGUGUUUCUGUCGCCUCUUCACUACAGCUGAGGCUGCUGUCUACAUGUUCUCUAUGAAACGCUGCCCGCCUGGCAUAUCGCCCUCACACAAAAGGUACAUAGAGUAUAUGUGCGACAUGAUGGCAGAGGAGCCCAUAAUCCUUCACAGCAAGCCUGUAGUUAUUCACUCUAUCGUCAUGACACCGGUGCCGUUGUUCAACAAGCAGCGCAACGGGUGCAGGCCGUUCUGCGAGGUCUACGUCGGAGACGAGAGGGUCCUCACCACUUCGCAGGAGUACGACAGGAUGAAGGAUUUUAAGAUGGAAGAUGGCAGAGCAGAGAUUCCCCUCAAUGUUACAGUUCAAGGAGAUGUACUUGUGGUGAUCUAUCAUGCUAGAUCUACACUGGGUGGGCGUCUCCAGGCAAAGAUGGCAUCAAUGAAAAUGUUUCAGAUCCAGUUUCACACAGGCUUUAUCCCAAGAAACGCAACUACUGUCAAGUUUGCUAAGUAUGAUUUGGACGCCUGUGACAUCCAGGAGAAAUACCCAGACUUGUUCCAGGUUAAUCUGGACAUUGAAGUGGAACCCAGAGACAGACCCAGCACCAAGUCCCCUCCAUGGGACGGCUUCCAGACCAAGGGCCUCAACCCCAAAAUACUCUUCUCGUCUCGUGAUGAGCAGCAGGAAAUCCUCAGCAAGUUUGGUAAGCCUGAGCUUCCCCGUCAGCCUGGUUCCUCUGCGUUUUAUGAGUCGGAGUCGCCUCCACCGGCUCAGACCCCAGAUGGCGCCAACGCAACCGAGUCAGAAUCUCCUGUGGGCAACGACGCCAACUCUAGCAACUUCUUCCAGACACUAGAUUGGGAAGACACUCAGAGCCCUCAUGAUGCCACAGACAGCAUAGGAGGAGGAUCCAUGAACGACCAGGAGGAUCUGAGUGAUCAGUCAGAGGGGGAGUCUUACUCCGCUCCCAGUGGGGAAGCUUUAUCCCAUGACCUCAGUGAACAACUGUUCGAUGCCGAUUUCCAGAACCCCCCUCCAGCACCCGAGGACUCUGAUCGAAGCGACACCGCUGACCUCCUGGGGUUGAACUCUGACCCCGAGCCCCCUGCCUCAUCUGCGGUUUCCUCUGGUGCUUCUAACCAGGGCGGACUGAAAGCCGCCUCCAGCAACAGCGAUCUCCUCAAUGACUUGUUUGCACCCCCUGCUGGCCAGACAGGAACAGUGCAGGAAGAUCUGUUCUUUAGCGAGCCAACCAGUGGAGCCACACCUGAUGCAAAACCCAUGGGCGACCUGUUUGAUCCGUUCGGGAUGGGGUCCGGCUCUGGCGUUGGUUCCAGUGUGGGCUCUUCUCGCCAAGCCUCCGGGCCCGACCUGUUUGGAGACUUGUUGGGCUCUGACAGUUCAGCGACCAGCGGGUUCAGUUCUGCUCACAGUACCACCACCCCUGCAUCCAACACCAGCCUCUUCAACCUCAAUAAGCUCGUGAAAGACGGCCCUAAGAUGACGUCCUCAGCCAGCCAACCAGACCUGCUGGGCGGGUGGGACAGCUGGGCGGCUAAGACCACACCUGGCAUCACCACCAGCACAAGCAAACCCAGUUAUACCAACACAGCUUCUGGUGUGUCGUCCAUGUCGAAGGCCAAGUCUCAGACUUUUGAUCCUUUUGCUGACCUUGGAUCCCUGGGCUCCAAUUUACCAGGCUCCGCAAGUAGUAACUUUUCAGGGGCUUCAUUCAGCACAAAGACUCCAUCUUCCUCCACCCCUUCCUCUGCGAAGCCUCAAGCACAAGCCUGGCAGUCGGGAAGACCGGCCGCAGCGCAGACCAAACCGUGGUUGUCUGGACCUGGAUCAACACCGAAAGCAUCUUCAGUAUCUCAGCCUGCAAGCACACAGUCCUCUAAGCCCAACUACAACCUCAACUUCACUAGUGUCAUUGGUGGGAGGGAGGAAAGAGGGGUUCGCGGGCCUGGAUUUGGCCCCAAACCAAAGGUGAAAGAGGAUGAUUUUGAGGAGCUUCUGUCCACUCAGGGUUUUGCUUCCAAGCCUGAUAAAAAGGGACCAAGAACCAUCGCUGAAAUGAGGAAGCAAGAGAUAGCGAAAGACAUGGAUCCCCUGAAGUUGCAGAUUUUGGAAUGGAUCGAAGGGAAGGAGCGAAACAUCAGAGCGCUGCUUUCAACUCUGCAUACAGUGUUGUGGGAGGGGGAAACGCGCUGGAAGCCCGUGGGCAUGGCUGACCUCGUGACCCCUGACCAGGUCAAGAAAUUCUACAGGAAGGCAGUGUUGGUUGUCCAUCCAGAUAAGGCCACCGGUCAGCCGUACGAACAGUACGCCAAGAUGAUCUUCAUGGAACUGAAUGACGCCUGGUCAGAGUUUGAGAACCAGGGAUCCAAAGCUCUUUUCUGAAACACCGGCCUGGACCACUACUAAACCAGACCAGACGUGCACUGGGCUGGAUUUGGCCCAACCAAACGAGGGUUUGACUGGGCCAGAUUGGACAGGGCUGUGCCCACAUUGGGCUUUAAAGGGUGCCGAGCCUCUGAGAGGUGUCCUCUCUACAAUUCUCCUUCUUCCUCCUUUACUUUCUUGUGUUUCUACAGCUACAAGAAAAGACCUUCUUGCCUCACUGUAAUGGAAAUACUUCUAAUUCUUGUUCUUACACAGAGGGUUUAAUAAACAUUGAGAUGGUUUGUAAACUCACUGCCUACCUGUGUGACUGCCUGAGUGGUGCUGCAAACGUUGGGAGGAGGGAAUUACUGACAAUUGGGCCAAAAACUAAAGCUGUCGUUUAAUUUGGGGGAUCGACACUGAGAAAAGUAUGAGCUAUUUUGGUUAUUGGUGGUACUAAUUUUCCUUUGUGCUUUGCACGUUUGCAGCCGGUCUUGUAGUUUACUGGCAAAUAAAAGUGAUUAUGGCUGUAAAUUGUUAAGCAUGGCAGCAGACUUGAAAGUUUGCAAAAUGCCAUUCGUGAUGUUGAGACUUGCUUCUUCUUCUUCAAAAAAAAAAA